AUGACGGAGGCGUCAAAAUGGGCUCUGCACAAUUACCUGCUUCCCCUGCUUGUCAUUCUGCUCACCUGGGGCGAUGGGAAGGCCUGGGUUAGCUGCUUCAGCAGGGAGGGCCAUGAGGCCAUAGGGAUGGUUGCCAUGUCCGGGAUAAAGAGCGAGCAGCUGUACGAACUAAAAAAAUUGUUAAGCGGAAAGGACAUAGUAGACAUUGGGAAAUGGGGGCACCUAGUCCAUGACAAGAUAAAAGGAGCGGAGUCGAUGCAUUUCAAUUUACAAAAGCACGACUGCAAGAGGGCCGUCUUCAAGUGCGAAGAUGAAAAUGGCUUGUGCAUGAUAAACUCGAUAAAGCACUUUUACGGGCGGUUGGCUGGCGGUCACUCGGGGAACAAGCCAGGAAGGGAGUCAACGGGGGAGUCAGGCGGUCAGCCGAGUAAGGAGCCAACUGAAAAGCCAAUCGCUCAAUCAACUGAACAGCACGGGUCAAAUUCUUCCCCCCCCGGAGCCAAGGCCAUCCACUUCAAGUACCCCAAAAACAUCGCCUUCACAGACGCAGAUGCCCUGAAGUACCUGGUCUCCCUCAUCGCGGACAUGCAUCAGCCAUUAAGAAUAGCAUACCGAUACGACAACGGAGGGAAGGACAUAAAAAUCAUUCACCACGAUGACUCCAAAACGGUCAGAACGAACCUGUUUGAUUAUAUGGAGAGCGAUCUAAUCAACAAAAUGAUAAAGAGAUACCAAUCAGCAUGGUAUGGAGGUUGGACACAUGUUAGUCGGCUAUUGGACGAACAUAAAAAAGACGAAAAAUUAUUUAGUGAGAAAGGAAUCGAUGCGAUCGAUAUCUGGGGUGAGCAAAUUGUGAAUGAAUUUUGCUCCGAAUUUUACCUGGACAGCUAUACAACCGAUUUUAUGAUUGCGAAGAAUGACGAGUUGCAUUUUGAUACCUCCAAGGAGAUCGAAAUUACUUAUGAGUUGGAGCUCCACUUGGAGAGAUUGCUCAAAGUUAAUAUUUUGAGGGCUGGCUCGCGGAUAGCCAUCGUGCUUAACAGCCUCUUCGCAAAUAGGAAGUUUUCCAGCCUGAGGAAGAAGUCCGAGUUUGAUAGAGUCGAGUACGAGCAGCUAGAAAAGCACAAGACGGCCUCCGUAUAUAAAAGAAAUGCCAUAUUUAUAAAUUUGGCCAUCAUUUUUCUAGUGUUGGCCGUGAUACUCUACUUCAACUUCAUUCUUAACAGAAAGAAUAAAAUGUACCUCCCGAGCAAGGCGGAAGAAGUCGAGUUGGAGGCUAAGUGCAAUUGA